GCUGCGUGUGUCAGUAUUAUUGCAAGGUAGCAGCUGCGGGCCUAGCAGCACGCUCGGCAGGUAAUGGUCAGAGCCUGCUAGGACGGGGUUUCCUGCUGCGCUAGGCUGUCACACACGCACGGCACGGGAGUUCUGACACACUGGAUGCGUUGCGGACAGGAGUCCUAACUAGUCCUAAUGAUUUUUCUUCCGUUACAUACCCGGAGACUGGUAACUCAGCUUUACUGUGGAUUGAAGCCAGGAUCCCGUCAGAAGGGCAUUAAUAUGGAUAUUUCACGUCCGAGCUCUAAUUUGGCGGAUUUUCGAGAAGCCUUUGCUAAAGCAAAUCAUAUAGCAGUGAUUACAGGAGCCGGCGUCAGUGCAGAGAGCGGAGUCCCCACCUUCAGGGGAGCUGGAGGAUACUGGAGGAAAUGGCAAGCCCAGCACUUGGCAACACCUGAGGCAUUUUCCAGGAAUCCUUCUCGUGUGUGGGAAUUCUAUCAUUACCGGAGAGAAGUGAUGCUAACAAAAAGUCCAAACCCAGCACACUUGGCCAUUGCGGAGUGUGAGUCUCGGCUUCGUAAACAGGGGAGAAAAGUGGUGGUGAUCACGCAGAACAUUGAUGAGCUGCAUCGUAAGGCAGGCACACGCAAUCUGUUUGAAAUCCAUGGUAGCCUGUUUAAGACCCGAUGUACAGCUUGUGGCAGUGUAAAAGAAAACUACAAGAGCCCAGUUUGCCCUGCUCUUGAAGGAAAGGGUGCCCCUGAGCCUGAGGCACAAGAAGCUGCAAUCCCAGUAGAAGACCUUCCGCGGUGUGAAGAAAAUGGCUGCAAUGGUCUCCUCCGACCUAAUGUUGUCUGGUUUGGAGAGACCUUGGACUCCAAUCUCCUAGCAGAAGUGGAAAAAGAAUUGGAAAUAUGUGACCUAUGUUUGGUGGUUGGGACUUCUUCUGUUGUCUAUCCUGCUGCCAUGUUUGCACCACAAGUAGCUGCUAGAGGUGUGCCUGUUGCGGAGUUCAACAUGGAAAGCACGCCGGCAACGAUGGGAUUUACUUUUCAUUUCCAGGGACCUUGUGGAACGACAUUGCCUCCUGCACUUGCUCGCCAUGAUACUGAAAUAAUCUCAUGAAUAUUAAGUUGCAAAUGGAUGCCACUGAUUUUUUUGGUGUUUGAAUAAAGCAAGAAUACAUUCUGCAAGAUGGAGGACUCAUCUGGAACAUUGAUGUAUUGCCAACGUGGCUGGUCCUGUUGUCCCUUCUAGAACAUUGUCCAGCUGUACUAUGCACUUAGUAACCGAAUUACCUGUAUUUUAUGAUUGAGGAUACAGAGACAGUCAGCAAAAAUGUGAAUCUGAUUAUAAAACUGAUUUACUGAUUUGCUGUUACUGUUAAAUCUUGUGUUUGCUGCAAAGGAGAGGUGGGUUUUUUUGUUUUUGUAUAUUUUAGAAAAUUGCCUGGCACUUCCUACUGAACAUAAUAAUAAUUUAACUAUACAUUGUGUUUCUUGGAUGCAUUGAUCUUUCCAUUAAUGACAAACGCAUAAACAACACCAAAUGAUUGCAUUAAUUAACCAGGUAAAGAUAUUACUUUCAUAUAUUCUAUAUUACUAAAAAAACAAAUUGUAAUACUUUUCCUUUAAUGCACACAUACAACGUUGUUUAUAACACACUAAAACAUUUGUCAUGUUUACAAUAAAAGGAAGUUGGGCACUCUUAUGUUACAAGUUUAGUGCAGAUGGGGGGUAUUCAAUCAUGUGGGUGAAAAUGGGAGGUAGCCUCAGGCUUUAACACUCGAGGCUAUUCAGUUGCACUCCCGAUUUCCUCCGUGUGGUUAACCACAAGUAGCUUGUUAAAAGUUCACGGAUUUGUGCGUUAACAGGGUCGCGGCACCCAUUAACCCCCCAGUUAUCGUGGCUUUUUUUCCCCAACCUGCUGAGGCAGGUGAAAAUAAAUAAUCCCUGAUAACUCCUUGCUUGGGGGCUAAUUGGAUAGCACCGCGGCUAAUUGAAUUCUGCCCUACAGUAUGUCAUUUUUGAGUCAAGUUGUUUGGAUUUGUUCAGUUUCACAUACAAACUAUUUUGUGUACAAUUGUAUCACAGCUUUACUGAAGCUUUUAUUACUCCUGGAGUCCUGGCAAUAAACUGUUAUAAUCAAAAUUAAA